UCUCCUUGGCAGCAAAGGAGGAGAAAAAGGAGGAGGAAGAGGAGGGGAGAAGCCUGAUCAGUUGGGAAAGGCGGGCAGUUCAAAAUGGAGCGAGGGAAACCUUGAGGAGGAGCACGCGAGGAGCCGGUUGAGACAGACAACAGGGAGAAAGAGAAGGAGGAGGACAGGCUGGUGAUGCUUCUUUGCCUCUUUCUUCUCCGAGGCAACGCUCAGAAGGAGUUCAGCGCCGCUCCUUUGACGCCACCCUCUCUCUCAAUUCGAGUCCGUCUCCGCUUUAAAACCCCUUCCAUUGAGCCACCCUUCCUCCUCCUCCUCCUUUUGCUCUUUUAUGGUGACUCUCCUGUUAGUUGUGUCAUGAAGAGUUGCUGCUUUUGGUGUCCCCUCCUCCUGUCAUCCUUGCUCCUGAAGAGAGUAAGAAUGCAUCCAGAAUGUUACUAGGCUCGGUGCUCAUUGGUUUUGUGUGAACCCUUGAUUUGCUUCAAAUUAUUAUACCUGAGAUAUUAAUUAUUUAGAAUGCUACUACUUAGUUAAUACAUUUAGUAGGGUUUUUUUUGGAGUGGGUAUUGGGUUUUUUUGUUUUGUUUUAUUUUCCCUCCUCCAAUAAUAAUAAUGAAGCACUUCAUUUGAAGCAACUGCUGGUUUUCAAACUAAUUUUGCAUUCUAGGUAAUGUCUAUAGAGUUCUGGAAUACCUUUUAAAACUACAAUCUCCUUGUGAAUCCAGCAGGACAGGUACCAGCUUCUGGCAAACAAUAAUUUUCCAUUGGAUGUGUUGGCUCCUGUAUAAGAGCACAUCCAGUUCUAAACACAAGAUGUCAGAAAGUAAUUCAAUCCUCUCUAAUAUUUUUAAAAGAGUCAGACUACCUUCUCCUGGCAACAAUACAAGCUACUUUAGUUUUAAAGAUCCUGGCUCUCCUUCCAUAUUUUAUGACAGUGGCUACAACGAAUCAUUAAAAGACCAAAGCUUUAAUUAUGCAGAAGCAGAACAUAAAAGAGAACAGAACGACAGAGGUCUGCCUGAGUAUUCUAAACAUGCCCACCCUAGUAGUUUAUGUGCUUCAGUGUCAUCUUCCAUUGAAAAUAAACAUAAUACUACCUUAUUAUCAGGAAGGAAGGAAGCCAGUAUACAUACAGACUAUUCUGAAACACCCAGAAUUGCUAAAAAAGAAUUAUCAAUUCGCAGAAGAUUGCUUGUAUCCAAAGCAGCGUCAGCUGGUGCCUUGGGAUGUUCGGAAAGACAACUAUCACCUUCAGGAAACAGCUGUAAAAAGACAUGUUCAUCUCUCUUUCACAGUUUUGAUGAAAGAAUUUCAAAAAGUGCUUUGGAUUCUCCAAGAGACAAAAGCUAUCAGCCAUUGGCUACCAGUACUUUAAAAAGCGAAGACACUAUUUCAGGUUCUCAGAGACUGAGACUUGCAUUUUCUCAACAGAGGACUUCUACAAUAGAUGAUUCAAAGCCCAAAGGCAAUCUUUUGUCAGAACCGAGUUUGUCCCCAAUCCAGCCUCAGUUCUCUGCAGACACACACAGCUGUUUCUUUGACAGUGCCCUUCAAAGUAUUAAUGACAAAAAUACGUGUUCAAAAUUAGUUGGAACUCCUCAGUGUAGGUUGCCUAGAACAAAUGAUGAUAAAUCUAUCACACCCAUCAAUAGUAUUGUAGAAGGAUUUCAUCUUACCAUAGCUGAAAUAACUACACCUCCGGUUACAGAAAUUGGUAACUUGAGCCUAUUAACUCCUGAUAGUAUUAGCUACAAAGCCCUUAGCUGUGAUAAAUCGGAAGAUUCAUCCUCUGAGCAUGAUGGUUCUUUCCAAGAACUUCGGAAAUGCAGUGAACCAUCUAGCACUGUAAAGUCUAAAAGAAAGUUAAGAAAGCUACAGCGAUCAAGAAGACUGUCAACUCUUUCAGAACGUGGUUCACAAUCAGAAAAAGAAGAAAAUGACAGCACUUUUUCAAAUUCAAAAUGCGAUCUAAAAAUAUCUGCUGGAUGUAGCAAUGAAGACAGUGACUUGGUUUUCAGUGCGAAUGACAAUAGAUGCAUGGUUCCAAAUCCUGAAAAUCUCUCAAGGACUCCAGCUUUGCAACUAAUUCACACACUCUUUAUGCAAAACAGAAGUAAAAAAAAGGAAGAAAGUGAUUUGUUGAAUAAUACUGGUGGACUUGACAUUUCACUGUUAAAGUGUGUCGUUGCUCAACUCAUUGGCAAGAAAAUGGGCAUCAAAAAAUUAGAUAUAUUAACAGAAUUGAGAGACAGACAUUUAAAACAUGUUCUUACUAUGAUUUUAGAUAUCCUGACUGUGGAAAGCCUAUGCAGCAUGUGGAAUGUCUGUCAAAAUUGGCGGGAAAUUAUUGUAUUGGAUAAACAAGCAAAUCGGAGGAGGAAGUUCUACAUUAAACAGCUGAGAGCAGCGACUAAGAGAAACAUAGCGAAUGCUGAAGAUGCUGCUACUAGACUAAUGAUGACUAGACUUGCACUACGGCCAGUCCAAGCUCAAGGAAAAUCUCCAGCAUUAAAAACACAGCCUGUUUUAAAUAAAUCUUUGACACCUCAGGGAUGCAGCUCCAUUCUUCAAUCAACUAGUAAACAUGAAGCAUAUGUAAAGGUUGCCCAAACCCUCUUCACUGGUGAAGCUUUAAAGCCCUGCCCAAAGUGUCAGAGUCCUGCCAAAUACGAAUCCUUUAAAAAACGUGGACUCUGUAGCCGAGAAGAUUGUGCAUUUGACUUCUGCAGUUUAUGCUUAUGCGAUUUUCAUGGAUCAAGAGAUUGUAGCACUUCAUCUUGGAAAUGGCAAAAUACAAAAUAUGCCCUGCCAGGAAGUGCCAAAAGUAAAAGAAACUUAAAACGCCUCUAAAUAUUUUGGAGAAAAUAGAUUAAUUUCCUUUCCCCCACCCUUUAUUCUCUAUUUUCUAUAGGUAGCACUUUUAAUAAUUAUGUAUUUUUAAAAGUAUUAUAUAGGAUAGUUUUGAUCAUCAAUCAAGUUGAUAAUUCUCUACAUAUAAAUAUCUUAAACCUUUCAUACAUUCUUGAAAAAAGUGAAAACAUUUUAAGCUGUUUAGUCUUGUCAUAUACACAUAAUGAGUUUUCAAUAAAGUACUUUCAGCAUAGUUUUCAGUAUGUCUUACAAUGCUGUUCGAAACUUUUAAACAUACAGGUAGUGAUCGCAAUGGCAAAUAAAAAAGAGUUCAAUGUU